CACCCACUUCCACCACCACCACUACUUCUUUCUCUUUUUCCCCCCCACCUCCCCUCCACCUCUUCGUGUCGGUGUCACUUUCAUCAUGUUCCGCUCCGCUAUCGUCCGCUCCCUCCGGGCUUCCGCCCCCCGUGCCGUCAAGACCUCGGCUCCCUUCCAGAUCCGUAGCUCUCCUGUCGCUCGUCCGGCUCAAUUCGCCCCUCGCUUUGCCUACCAGGGUGUCAGACUCUACUCCGCUCCUGCCGGUCUCAACAAGGAGGAGGUCGAGGGUCGGAUAGUCAACCUCUUGAAGAACUUUGACAAGGUCUCCGAUGUCAGCAAGAUCAACGGUGCCUCUCACUUCGCCAACGACCUCGGUCUGGACAGCCUGGAUACCGUUGAGGUCGUCAUGGCCAUUGAGGAGGAAUUCAGCAUUGAGAUCCCCGACAAGGAUGCCGAUGCCAUCCACGGUGUUGACAAGGCUGUUGAGUACAUCCUUGCUCAGCCCGAUGCCCACUAAAUACGAACGUAAUGCGAGGACUUGAGAGUGGGUUGGGGGAUUAGAAUAGAAAGAAAGGGGAUGAUGGCGUGCAUCUAUACGGGACUUGCCACCGCGAGGUGCCGGGAGUCGUCACGCUACUCUGUAUGCUGAUACAUGCCUGUGCUCUUUCACUCUAUUAUAUCGUGUAUAUCAUCUUCAAUGCAGUUUUGACUGAUCUUGGCUGGUCGGGUCGU